AUUUUAUUUAUUUAUAUAGCAUCAUCAGCAAUUAACAUUUUCUCAAGGUGCUUCUUGGGCUUCUUGGGCCUAUGACACCUACAGGUGGCGUAGAUGAUGGCAGUAUAGAAAAAGUCCCUUAGCCCCCUUUUCUAUUUUAUUUAUACACAGACAACUUAUCUAAAUGCCAUUUUGCAAAUGGACUGUACAGUCGUGUCUCAAUUCUCCCCAUCAUGGUCUUCACAACCCUCUACCAAAGAAUCAGACUCAUAAGAAUCAUUUAAUAUGAUCGCUUGUUGCCUAAAAUGGUCAUCUUAAAACCGAUAACUUCUCCCGUUAAUGUGGAUUGAGAAAGAGAUGUCUGAUCAGAUUUUAACUUGGCAUUGUAAAGAGGUUCAAUCAUAAUGCUAAGAGCACACAUGUUGAAAAGAAUCACAGGAAGGCUGUAGCUAGUGACUACAGUUGCCAUUGCAACUAUAAAAGCCCAUUUGAAAAUAUCAUUAAACCCACUGGCCAAGUGCACUCGCCCCAGAAGGCUGUUUGAAAAGUAUUCCAGUGACACAAUCACUUAAAUAUCUGUUUGCUGGAGUAUAUAUUUACUUGAAUAUGUGCUGACAAAUCCCUUGUCCCUCCUGGCCCCAACUAUUUGCUUAUUAAGUGCCAUAGAAGGAUUGGUAGAUUCCUUUUUGAUGGUCACAUCCCUCUAUGCGAAUCGUAGAAAAUUAUAAGUCUUCGUGGUUUCAGGAUUAUCCAAAUGGCUUAUCCUUCAAGGCCUCUCAUUUUGGCAAGAGAUGUAUUUAUCCGGGAGUAAUAAUUAUAUACUUGAGGGGUCUGUUGUAGCCUUGCCAUUGAACAUCACACAGCUUCAUAAAAUAUCAUAAUGGUUUGGUCUGAGCCCUGUUGAGACUAAGAAAAUAAAACAGAUCUUAAUUUCCACCGAACAGUGUUUAUGCCUCGUACAUAUGCCACAGCAUAGUUGUGACGAAGGCAUUUAUAUUUGUCUCCCAAGUGAUUUUAGCUUGUUGCUUGUGACAGGACCAUUGCUAUUUAGUCAAGUUAUUUUUGCAAAUUUGAAUCUUCCACCCUAUCUACCAUCACGUGAUCUGCAAUGUGAUCUCAAUAAUUCCACUAUGACCUCAUCACCCAUGAAUGCCACGCUCAGACAAACCAGAGAAUGUAUUACCAAUGUAGUACAAGACUGAAGGGGAACCUAGCAAGAAUGCCUUGUGAUCUUUGGGUUCCGUCACAGCUAAUGUUGAAGGAAGAACUGUUUGUUGCUUCUGUAAACGGAGGCUCAUGUGUCAGUAUCAUGAGCUUGGAAGAAGGAAGGCUGACGGCUCCAGUGUCCAUGGUGAAGCUGAGCUGAGGAGAGACCCAUCAGAUACUCAGAUACUCACUGGAUGUCACAUGCUAUGUCACAAGGAAUCUUUGUGGAUCACCUCUAACACCUGUAUUGGAACUCUGACACUGCAUGCCUGUGCAAAGACUUAACCCUGGACGCAGCAUGAGGCUCGACGCUCAGUUAUGACCGCGCCUGACCGCCGAGACCAACACCGUCACGGCUCUGUGACUCUUCCGUCCCACCGGCCGUCUGUCCCCCCCGCCAACCGACCUUUGUGAUGCUUGUGAUGAGUGCCAUAUCUCCAGCCAAUGAGAGAGAGGUGUUCACGGAGGAGGCCGCGCUCUCUCCGACCGCGUCUCCUUCUCCCCCGCCUCCACCCGCUCUUGCCCCUCCGCCACCCCCACCACCCGCCGGACCCCCUCCGCCCCCUCCGCCUCCUCCCCCUCCGGGGCACCCCGCCCUCGGGCAGCAGCACCAGAAGAAGAAGCGGAGGGUGCGGAGCUUCUUCUGGAAGCCCAUCCCCGAGGAGAGGGUGCACGAGCGCGGCAAGCCCAACCUGUGGACCAUCGGCCGUGGCAGCGACCAGGAGUACCGCAUCGACGUGCGCACCAUCGAGGAGCUCUUCGGCCAGCAGGAGGAGGCGCAGUCGCUGGCCGCUGCCCGUGCCAAGGCCGGGGGCAGCCUAAGGGGCAGGGGCACCUCCUUCAAAGAGACCAAAGAGGAGAUCAAUAUCCUGGAUUCCAAAAGGAGCAUGAACGUGGGCAUUUUCCUCAAGCAGUUCAAAAAGUCAAACAUCUCCAUUAUUGAAGACAUUCGCUAUGGCAACAGUGAGGCGUAUGGGGCUGAGCCGCUUCGAGAGCUUCUCAAACUCAUACCAGAGUCAGAGGAGGUGAAAAAGCUCCAGGCCUUCAACGGAGAACCCAAUAAGCUGGCCCUGGUGGAUUCAUUCAUGUUCCUGCUCACUCAAGUGCCCAAUUUUGAGUUGCGCAUUGAAGCGAUGGUGCUAAAGGAGGAGUUCACUCCCUCGUGUGCAGCAAUGAACCGUGACAUCGAUGUCAUCCGUGCUGCAACAAAAGAGCUCAUGACUUGUGGAGAGCUUCAUAACAUCCUACACUUGGUUCUUCAAGCUGGCAACCUAAUGAAUGCCGGUGGCUAUGCAGGCAAUGCUGUGGGCUUCAAACUCUCCUCACUGCUCUCACUGGCCGACACCAAAGCCAACAAGCCAGGCAUGAACCUGCUGCACUUUGUGGCUCUCGAAGCCCAGAAGAAGGAUGAGCAGUUACUGACGUUCCCUGAGAAGCUGCAGCACGUACAGAGUGCCGCGAGGAUCUCAGUGGAGAACAUAGAGUUGGAGUUAGAGUCUCUCCAUUCGAGGACACGCUCAGUGGAGGAGAAGAUCCAGACAGAUGCUGAGCUACUGCAGCAGCUUGACCUUUUCUUAAAGACGGCUGCUCAGGCUCUACAGGACCUGACGCGGCGGCGCCUGGAGUUCAGGAAAGAGGGUUACACGCUGAUCGAUUUCUUCUGUGAAGACAAAGACACUUUCAAACUGGACGAGUGCUUCCGCAUAUUUCAAGACUUCUGCCUUAAAUUUAAAAAGGCAGUGAAGGAUAACUCGGAGCGUGAGCUGAAGGAGUCGGCACGGCAGCGGCGCCUUAAGGAGCUGGAGGAGAAGCGCCACUCAUGGGCAGGCGGCGAGGAGGUGGGCGGCGUGUUCGGCCUGCGCUGCAGCAGCGAGACGGACGUGGAGGCGGCGCUGACUCGAGAGGGGCUCCUAGACCUGCUUAGGCCGCGGCCGCGCAGCCCGCUGAGCCCGCUGGGCCGCUCCGGAAGUCUCCGGCGCUCCCGCCAGAGCCCCGUGGCCACCGCCGACCACCAGCUGCACACGUUCCUCGAGAUGACCUCUGAACCGGCCAAGUACGGCUCCUCCAAGCCCCUCAGCCCCAGCUGGACGGGUCAAAGCUCGCCGGCCUACUCUCCGUCCCACGUCCCGAGCACCCCCUCACAAACGUCAAAGCACUUCAUCUCGCCCCAAACCCAGUCCCCGUCGCACACGACCCCCAGAGCAAACCUUAACACGGAUACCUCAAACCUGAGUGUCAACAACAACCGCUCACCCUCACCCUCAAAGUCCUCAACGCACACAGACGACAACAAAAAUGUCAUUGUGGAUCAGGAGAUGACGGCGCACCAAAACACGUUCUUGAACGUGAAUGUGGAGAGACACACCCUCGUGCAUGGCCUCCAAGUGUUUGAUCUUGUGUCUGGCCGUGACGGGGUUGUUGCCCAGGGCAAUGGAUCUACGGUAAAUCAGGCUGACCUCAUAGUCACAGAUUUGGAAGAGGAGAGUGAAAACCCUGAACCACUAGUACUUAGCUCCCCUCCAUUGCGGAAAGCACCAGAAAAAGUUGGUGAGCCUAGCUUGUCCUUUCCACAAAUAGCCAACAAGGAAGGUGACCGAGACACAGAGACAAAACUCGAUCUGCAAACGCUACCCAAUAUGCCAGUGAUUCAGGUGUCUGGGGAAAGUAGGUUAUCCGCGCAAACAGAAGAUGCCAGCAGCCAAUCAGAGAAAGAGCAAGAGGGCCGUUGUGACGUCACAGAUUCCGUCUCGUCCAAGUCGACACCUGCCAGUCACGCGUCUGAGUCGACCUCUGUGGACGAGGCGUCAGUGCCUACCUCUAGCAGUGAUAAAGCAGAGACUGAGUCGCCCGUGGAGUCCUCAGCCUCGCCGUGUGACAGUCCGGCGUCAGUGUCCAGAUCAGCCGAGUCAUCCGGCUCACACUCCACUGGCCAAGUGCCACAGAACUCCACUGCCCCGAGCAGCAAGAAGGCCAGUGCUGAGAAGACCGAUGUCAAAGCUCAAAGCUCCUCCAAGUCCAAACCUGCCUCAAAAACAGCGACUGCCUCUAAACAGCCCGCGGCCCGACCCGUCAGAACACUCAACACCUCCGAGAACCAGACCAUGCGGAGGGUGGUGCCCAUCACCCGACUGACCCGAUCUGGGAGCUCCGCCAGUAGGAAGCCAGACAAAAGUGGCAUAGAGGCGAGCAACCACCGUGCGUCGACACACCGGCCCGGCCUCGCCAACGACGACUCCAAGUCUCCCAGAGUGAGGGAGCAGAGUCAGGCCUCGGUUGUCCGGAAGCCGUCCGUGCGGAAGACGACCCCUAAGCCCGUGCGUCCAGUGGUGCCCAAGCCCCCGCCCGAGGAGAAGAUGUGUCGCUCCACCCUGCGGGCACUGCAGGCUGCCCAGGCCGCUGCCGGGCAGGGAGCCGCGCUUAGCGAGAGGUCGGCGAGUGCCCCCCAGACACCCGUCCGCAGCCCGGCUUCUGUCACCAAACUACCCAGCUUCGCCCGCAACACCGUGGCCUCCACGACCCGCGUGGCCAGACGGGACCUGGUGCCCAGCGGUGCCAACUCCCCCUCUGCCAACACCGGGGGCACGACUCCCACCCCCACGACUCCCAUCAAGUCCUCCCCCCUGGCUCGCACUGCUUCCCUCAGGCACCCCCCCAACAACCGCGUGGCUCCGGAGGCUUCCCAGAGCUCCAUCAGGAGGGUCGCCAGUAUCCGCGUGGCAGCCAAAAAACCCUUCGGUGAACCUCUGGUGCCCCUCAGAGUCCACGAGCGGAAGAACAGCGGCAGUUUUUCUGACAAAUCAGCCUAUUCUAGAGACUCCCACACUGACAAGGCCAAUAAACCUUUAUGGAGAUAAACUCAAGAGUGCUUUUUAGAAAAAAGAAAAUUUAAGAGAAACACUAUAAAAGCAACAUGUAACUUAAUAAAGUCUAGAUUUGUAUUUUUGUGGUCUUUAUUUAACUUUCUGAGUAAUGAUGAAUAUGCUAUUUUCGCCUUCUCUCUCUAUGAACCAUGGUUUUGUAUGUAUUGGACUAAGCAUAGCUGUGGGUUUCCAUGUACAUGUCACAAUUAUGAUUAAAGAUUAAAUUGAAUACAAUUGGUAUGUAACCACCCUGUGCUUUUUAGACAGUGUGUAUUUUGACAAUGGGCCUCUGCUAGCCAAGGAUGUUUUGACAAAGGGUUUUCCCCCUCAUCCAUAAUCUUUCUGUCUUUUGUAAUUAUUCAUAAUGAAAUAUUUGUGGACAUUAUGCUGAUGCUGCUGAUCAUUAGCGGAGUCGGUAUUUUAAUAUUUAAACCGUCACCACUUGUCUGAAUGUGUUGGUGUGGUCUUGUCCUAUCUCCAUAGGGAGAUAUUUUGUUCUUGUGCAGACAUGGUUUGACUGGCUCCUCGUCAUGAAACUGCCAUAGCUUUCCUCACAUAACCAAAGUGAAAUCUGUAGGUCAAAUUCAAUCAUAAGCUCAAUAGUCAACGGGGAGAAUCAUAUGCCAAUUGACUAGUUUCACUGAAAUUGAAGACAAGGCUCUCCAGCACCAAGUCCAGGGCCAUUGCUUGAUGCUCGUUCUGUCAGAUGUCAUCGUCUCUCUAUCAUAUCAUGUUAAAAAUCGAAGCAAAUCAGAGGAGUUUGCAACCCAGCUCAAUUAUGUGUUUAUCUGUGUUGUCCAAAUAAAGUUUAUGUUAAAAUUUCUUA